UUCUAUGACGCUGGUAGUGUUUUGAUUUUGAACAAUAGAUCGAAACAAUGGUUGUUAUAAGAGUGAAAUUUUUGUUGUUUACCAUUUAUUACUUUGUACAUAAUAGCUAGGUUAAAUUCGCUAUAGAUAAUUAUAGCCGAGUUAUGAGAUAUUUAACUUCAUAGAUAUUCUCACUACUGGUAAUUAUAGGCUGAAAGUGCUUACAAAGUGGAAAAAUUUAUCCAAAAUAGAAACGAUCUGAUUUAACAAAAAUAAGUCCUAUAACUUGGACCUGGAGGACACGUCAGUUCUAUAUGGAAGACGUUUUAUUAGACAUGGCAAACAACACAGACGGUUAAUACAAGCGAUUUAUCUGCUAAUAAACUUUGAAUCAUAUGAAUCAUACAGUUGUUUCAAACUUCCAGACUGAAAAACAAAAACUUUAACCAUUCAGUAUACGUUUGAAUUAGAUGAUAAAGGAUGCUCAAAUACACGGCGGUGGGAAAUGAUGAUGGAUUAGUGUCUCCAACCCAUCAUCCGGACUAUACUCAUAGAACAAUUGAUGUUUCCGCCGGAAGUAAAGGCACAAAAAUGGCAAUAAAACGUAGAUCCAACCUCGCGAAGAAAAUCCUAUCACGAAACGAUGAAACCGCUCACUUGCCGCCAAUUGCCCAACCAGGAUCGCCACAGCAAAAUAUGACUAUAAGUAGCAGCCUUUCACAAGAACGGAAAGAAAACAUUCAUUUUAUAAAUCAUCCGAUCAAACGGAAGGACAUUCGGACUCCAUAUGUGUCUCAUGUGAAUAGGAUUAGUGACGUUGCGACUCCCUAUGUGCUUCAUACACAAAUUACAAAUAUAGACCCGUCGACAACACUAGCUAGAGAAAAUUCUAAACUCUCUAAAUAUUCAGGGAAUGUAGUUGAAUACAAACAUGAACCUGAAAUUCAUCACGAAGGAACUUUCACAAGCCUUCAAAAGAAUCCGACAAGUAAUUCACCGGCCCAAGAUAGAAGACCACGAGGAAGACAUGGUAGAAAAAGCAAUAGUUUUAAUGAGAAUGAUUUUCGGGGUAACACUGAUAUCAGGGAAUUGACAAUACAAAGCAAUCAAAUGGGACUUUACCAAAGAGCAGAAAGAAAGCGGGAUAAGUCACGCGAAAAAGGCAAUGAAUCGUUUUCAAUUAGGAAGAAAAUAGAGCAAUUCCGCAGAUGGCACGAAGAACAGUAUCGGGAAAAGAUUAAGAAAUUAAAACAAGAAGUAGAUCAUCAAUUUGAAGCGGAACAUAACCGGGUAAGCAGACAAGUAGGUCCAUUAAGGGAAACGCCAACAUCUAAAAAUGAUAUGUCAGUAACGGUGGAUAACGAAAAGGUCCCUUCUGAAGUGUCGCAUGAAAAAAUGGAGCAAGAUAAGCUUACGCCGAAUCCUUUAUCUGUAACUAAUGAAAGUAGUUCCAAAGCUAGGAGUGGUUCGGCUAGAACAUGGAAAACAUGGCGGAAUGUGAACGAUUCGUACGCGUAUAAUGACGUACAUAAAUACAUUAAAGAAAAUGAGUUAAUGGACGAUGAGAAAUCUAACUGGAUUAAGAAAUGGAUCCUUGAAGUAAACAGAGCUAUGAAAGACCUUAAUCACGAGAGUAUAUUGUGAUUAUCAUUUCAAAUUUAACAAUAUUAUAAUUUUAGAAAUGUGCCCAAUGUUGAGUAUUUUAAUUGUUAAGAGGGACACUGAAGGCUAAGAAUAUUCAUGUCAUGAGCGUCAUGAAUUUCAUCUGUUGAAAAUAUUGUUGGAAUUUUCGGGUAGAAAUGUUCGUAUUGAGUGUUUUUUCGGAUAACAAUAUUCGGAUAGAAAUACGUCGUUAAAAUGUACGGUGUCUGAAGAAUUUAAAAGUGUUAACCUAAUGGAGUCUUGCACCAAUUCAAGACAUUCCGAUUUAUUGAAAAUGAUCAACCGUUGAUCUCCGUUUGCGUUUGAAAUAAAGUGUUUUUCCCCUUUAUCUGCUUUUGGUUAAAAGAACGCGAAGUUUCAUAGUUAAAGAUUUUUUUAUGUUUUAACGGCAGCAUUAUUUGAUGUUUUAUAAGUGAAAAUUAUGGUAUUCUUGAAAACAAUAAUUCUGUUAGCAAACUUGACUGGACUAUGAUAUCUCAUAUUGUCUUCUGUUUCAAAGAGAAUAUUUGUUACUGUAUUGUACAAAGUUGGAAGUAAUUUAUCAUGUUAACAGAUGUACGUUCAGAAUCUUGCGAUUAUUCUACGAAUUAUCUGUACACUUAACAAUAAUCAUUGUCUUCGUUUAUUUCAAAACGAAUUUGAAACUUCAUCAGUUUCAUAUGAUACCUUUUCUUGUUCAAUAUGCACAAAUAUUUGAAUUGUAAUGUGUUUUUCGUCACUGUUAUAGCGAACCUGUGAUAAAAAAAAACUUGUUCAGUAUUAAAAUACAAAGUUUUUUUGUUCAUGAAAGUUGUUGUU